CACUCUCUUUCUUGUCUUUGUCUUUCACUCUCACCUAUUCAAAUCCAAAAAUUUUCCAUUUCGGAUCAGCUUCUUCUCCUCAUCUUCGCUUUUUUUUUUUUGGCCUCGUUGAUGGAGUUGCAGAGGCGCCAGGAUCAGAACCACCCGGAGAGGAAGGGGCAAAAGCGGAAACUGGAGGAGGAAAUCGGAGACGAACGAGAGAUCUCGGUGAAGUCCGGCGAAGCCAGAAAGGCGCUGCUCAGCGAGGUCAGCGAGCAGGUGAAGGUCCUCAACUCUACGUUCUCUUGGAGCGAAGCCGAUCGAGCGUCGGCUAAGCGCUCCACGCACGUCCUCGCCGAGCUCGCUAAGAACGAGGAGGUAGUGAACGUGAUCGUUGAAGGCGGUGCGGUUCCGGCUCUGGUGAAGCAUCUUCAAGCGCCGCCUUUAAGCGAAGGAGACCGGAGUUCGAAGCCGUACGAACACGAGGUCGAGAAGGGAAGUGCCUUUGCACUAGGCCUUCUCGCAGUUAAGCCUGAGCAUCAACAACUCAUCGUUGACACUGGUGCGCUGGCUCAUCUUGUGGAUUUGUUAAAGAGGCACAAGGAUAGUCCUGUAUCCAGGGCUUUGUAUAGCGUCAUUCGUAGAGCUGCUGAUGCCAUCACCAACCUUGCUCAUGAAAACAGCAGCAUUAAAACACGUGUCAGAAUAGAAGGCGGAAUUCCACCUCUAGUUGAGUUGCUUGAAUUUGCUGAUACCAAGGUGCAAAGAGCAGCUGCUGGAGCACUACGAACCCUGGCAUUUAAAAAUGAUGAGAAUAAGAAUCAAAUUGUCGAAUGCAAUGCUCUUCCUACCCUCAUUCUAAUGCUUCGGUCCGAGGAUGCUGCUAUACAUUAUGAAGCGGUUGGUGUUAUUGGAAAUCUGGUACACUCAUCUCCGAACAUAAAGAAAGAAGUUCUUCUUGCGGGAGCUUUACAACCUGUUAUUGGAUUGCUUAGUUCUUGCUGCUCCGAGAGCCAAAGAGAGGCAGCUUUAUUACUUGGACAAUUUGCUGCAACUGAUUCAGAUUGCAAGGUUCACAUUGUACAGAGGGGUGCUGUCCGACCUUUGAUUGAGAUGCUUCAAUCCCCUGAUGUACAACUAAGGGAGAUGUCAGCUUUUGCAUUGGGGAGAUUGGCACAGGACACAAACAACCAAGCUGGUAUUGCUCAUAAUGGUGGUUUAUUGCCAUUGCUGAAGCUUCUUGAUUCGAAAAAUGGGUCUCUGCAACAUAAUGCUGCAUUUACUCUUUAUGGCCUUGCAGAUAAUGAGGAUAAUGUGUCCGAUUUUAUUAGGGUUGGAGGUGUUCAGAAGCUGCAGGAUGGAGAAUUUAUUUUUCAAGCGACAAAGGAUUGUGUGACCAAAACAUUGAAAAGAUUAGAGGAGAAGAUUCAUGGACGAGUUUUGUCCCAUUUGUUAUAUUUGAUGCGUGUAGCAGAGAGGGUUGUCCAGAAACGAGUUGCUUUGGCUUUUGCUCAUCUUUGUUCCCCAGAUGAUCUGAGAACAAUAUUCAUUGACAACAAUGGGCUGGAGUUGCUUCUUGGGCUUCUUGGCUCUACUACCCAUAAACAGCAACUUGAUGCUGCUAUGGCUUUGUAUAAGUUGGCCAACAAAGCCAUGACUCUUUCUCCUGUGGAUGCAGCUCCCCCAUCUCCGACACCACAGGUCUAUCUAGGGGAGCAGUAUGUAAACAAUCCCACACUGUCCGAUGUUAUAUUUUUAGUUGAAGGUAAACGGUUCUAUGCUCACAGAAUUUGCUUGCUUGCUUCUUCAGAUGCAUUUCGUGCAAUGUUUGAUGGUGGUUACCGGGAGAAGGAUGCAAGGGACAUAGAGAUACCAAAUAUUAGAUGGGAGGUUUUCGAGUUGAUGAUGAGAUUUAUAUACACUGGAUCAGUGGACAUUACUCUUGAUAUUGCUCAAGAUCUCCUCAGAGCUGCAGAUCAGUAUCUUCUGGAGGGACUGAAGCGGCUUUGUGAGUAUACAAUAGCACAGGACGUAUCAUUGGAGAAUGUUUCAAACAUGUAUGAACUUUCAGAAGCCUUCCAUGCAAUGUCAUUAAGGCACACAUGCAUUUUGUUUAUUUUGGAGCAGUUUGAAAAAUUGAGUGCCAGACCAGGGCACUCUCAUUUGAUCAUGCGUAUAAUACCCGAGAUCUGCACUUACUUUACUAAAGCGCUUACUAAGCCUAACCCACAUAAUUUGCGGCUAUAAAUUGCCGCCUUUGAUUCUUGAGUUCUAACACCCUCUUGUACAGAGACCGGUAGUAGAUGUUCGUGCUGUUGUUGAGCCAGUGGAAGUUUCUAAUUCUUUGAUUUUAGUUUGCUUAUAGUCCAUUCUGAUUCCAUUACUUGUAAACACGCAGCCUCAUUUGUAACACAAUUCCGACAUUGCUUGGAAUGUGACCUUCACCUACAUUUUCUCUUGGUAUUCCCCCAAGUUUUUGCUCUUUAAUGAGAUAGUAUUUAGUAA